AUGGUAAUAUCCAAGCAAGCUUGGAUAGCUAUGCAUUUCAACCCCAACGCCGCAUGUCAAGCCUUUGUGUCUGUCUUUACUUCUGCGAAAGAGAUCCCUCUUCCUCCUGCAAGGGAAGUCGAUGCGGUUAUUAUAACCUUGUCAACCGUACCAUCUCCUCCACCUCCAAUCCUUCCACCUGUCGUCCAUGGCACCUUCCAUAUCUUACCAUCCUUUCAACCUUUCUUACAAUCACUUCAAGGUCAAACCUCUAAACAACCUCAACUGCAACGCAUAUUUUUGUACCAUAGAUGUUCCAAAGCCUCAAACAACUCCAUUUCAAUUUAG